AUGACGAGCCUAAAAGACAUAUCACACAACAUUAUUUCUACCAUUAAUUCUUCGAGUGCUGAUGUUCAACCUACUAUUGAUCUUAUUGAUAAUUUUAUAACGACACAGGAAUUCCAUACGGAUCGUGAGAGACUUGAUAAAAUUAACAAAUUUUCCUCAGAAUUACUUUCCAUAUAUAAUUCUAUUCAAGAUUAUCCACAAAAGUUUCACAUAUUUUUAAAAUGUUUGCGAGCUUUAUUGCCUAUCUUGGGACCUGAUGUAGUUAUUUCCGAUUGGUGUGAUAGGAUAUUACUUCCGGUUCUUAAGUCUUCACUUCAGCCAAAGGAUAUUGUUGAAGAAGUCAAAGCAAUAAUUCGUGAAGUUCUAGUAUGUGAAACGGAUCGAGUGAUGAUAUUUAGGAAGGAAAUCCUUGAACUUUAUUUAAACGAAUCAAGUAUGAUUGGAAAGGCUGCUGGUGAAGGUCAUGGAGUUGUAGGUGAACAAGUUCAUGCAUUCUGGAUUUUAUGUUGGGAUAAACAUGACUCUCGAUGUACAAAUUUUGAUGGCGAAUUGAUUGGAAAUGAUUUAAAUAUUACCGAAGGGUGUGAUGUACAAAAAACUGAUGCUGAGUCUGACUGGGAAAGAUGUGGCAAGUUUCUUGUUGUUCCAUUACUACGUCGUCAUACACUUCAUCCAAACCUCAUUUUGAGCGAUGCACAAAAAGAACUAUCAGACACUUCACGUUGGAUUAAACUUGAACCUGCUGAUGUUGUUGCAGAAUGUAUUGGGUAUGAUAUGGAAAACGCAUCAACAAAGCAUCAGAUCAGUGAGUUAGAAGACUUUACAAAAAAGGCUUUGGAGGGAGUUGAUUCUACAAAUGCUGAAACGAAAACUAGACGGCCAUCGCAGGCAAUAUCCAUACAAGAAAUAAUGGAUGUUCAUCAGGCAUUGAAAAGUGGUGUUGAAAUUGUUGUUGGAGACGACCCCUGGGAUUCAAAGAUAAUUUCGUCAAAUUCUAUCAGUUCUACAUCACCAUCUGACCAAAAUUUACCUGUGACACAAUCUUUUAUACCCUCGUCGAACGUACAAGCCAGUGUCGCAUUUCUCCAACGUGAAAUAAUGUUACUUAGGAAUGAAUUAAAUUUUGAACUCUAUCUUAAACAACAGCACCUCCAACACAUUGGCCGUCUUCAUCGUGAUCAUGUGUUGGAUAUUAGCGCUGAAGCUGAGCGUCAAAAUCUAUACAACGCAUGUAAAAACUUAAAACUGCAAUUAGAGAAAACCCAAUCAGCUUUUAAUAGACAGAGAGAUGAGAAUGCAAGCAUAAAGAAAAAGCAUGUUCAAUGGGAAGAUGAAUUAAACGCUAAGUUGAAAAAAUAUAGAGAGGAAAAGAAAGAAUGGAAGACAGAAUUGGACAAAGUUGAAGAGCAAUUGAGGGAAGCCAAGGCUGAUACUCGUAAAUUUCAAGAGCAAAAGCGCCAUAUGGAAAUUCUUGUAGCACAGUGGAAUAAAAUGGAAAUGAUGUUGGAAACCAAAGAGAAAGAAAUAAACCAAUUAAAAACGACA